GUUUUAGGUACCUUCCCCCAGGACCUAUUCUGGCAAGACCAACCUAUCAAUUUCGUAAUUUAGGUUCAUAUGUAUAGGUUAGGUAAUUUUCUGCUGGCUUAAAGCUCUUCCUUCUUUUUGAUCCCUCCACCAUCUAGCGUCCCACCAACAAUCCAGCAAUCGGAGGGAUACCGGAGAGAUACCAACAACACAAUCCACUUGUGCACCCACAACACUUCCAGUCUAGACACGAUGAGUAGCUCAAGGUCGACGUCGACGUCGGAUUCAGAUCUGGGGGCGCAUUUCCCCGAGUAUUUCGUCGACGCCGAAGAUAAUGAUGACGACGAGCAUGAUCCCGAAUACGAGGAAGAUGAGGAAGAUGAAGAUGAGGAAGAGGAUAUGCUAGAUCAAGAUGACAUGGCACACGACGUAUUCGAGGAUGAGGAUGAGUUUCAUGAUGCCGAAAUGGGGAACGUCGAGUUGGUAAUAGAGGUAGGAGACGAUGGAGAAGGUUCAUAUGCGGCCGACGCUGAAAGGGUAGCUAUACAACAGCGCCUAAUCAACUUAAUAAGUAGCCGCCGUACUGGCUUACUGUCGCAACGACAAGUCCUGGAUUUCCUCCGAAGAUCAAACCUCGGUCACUUGGUAUUUGGCGAAGGCGAAGACGACGACGACAAUGAAAUCAGCUUCGAGUACCGGAGACGGCGGCGCGAACUCGACCCGGAUAGAUUCCCUAAAGUUCCGAGCCAGGAGGGGAGAAGUCUGAUGGACUCCGGCACGUUCGGUGCGAGUGAGAUUCAAUCUUCUAUUAGCUCAAAGAAACAAAUAGCCCGUCGGAUACUUGAUCGUGAGCUUGGCAUAGGAAGUAGGAGGUCUCGCCAGAUCAACCAAAGCAUGAUGGCACAGUCUAUGAUUCCUAGCUCGGAUGCCGAAAUGAUUAUUAAUUAUCCCGAUAAUGUUUAUUCGGGUCAAUUCUCAGAUGAUGGCAACUUUUACUUCGCUUGCGUUAAAGACAUGAAGGUUCGGAUGUACGACACUUCUAACCCGUAUAGCUGGCGACAUUACAAGACGGUGCCGUUUACGUUCGGUUCUUGGACCUUGACGGAUGCAUCUCUAAGUCCGGACAACAAGUGGCUAGCAUACACUUCUAUCCAGAGUAAUGUCUGCUUAGCACCGACUGAUCCGAACGACACGGGUGAUCCAUACAUGUUGAAUUUAUCAGAAAAUGGGAGGGCAGGCUGGCGUGGCGGGUUUGGUAUCUUUUCGAUCCGGUUCUCUGGCGAUGGACGGGAGCUAGUAGCUGGAACGAACGCAAGUUCUAUCGUCGUAUACGAUAUCGAGUCGCGUCAGGUGUUGCAUACGAUAGAGGGCCAUGAUGAUGACGUUAACGCGGUGUGUUUUGCGGAUAAAUCUUCACCUCACAUCUUAUACUCAGGUAGUGACGAUGCGACGAUUAAAGUCUGGGACCGGCGGAGCAUGGGAGAUGGACGAGAGGCCGGCGCGUUUGUCGGCCAUAUUCAGGGUUUAACGUAUCUGGAUAGUAAAAACGACGGCCGAUACCUACUAAGUAAUGGCAAGGACCAGAGCAUGAAGCUUUGGGAUCUGAAGAUGAUGUACACGACAGCGCGGUUCGAAGAGCUAAACCCGCGGCAACACACACGAUACAGCGAAUUCGACUACCGCUGGGGCCGGUUCGACGAUGCCGACUGGUUCCCACAUCCAAAUGACAACUCGUUGGUAACCUUCCGCGGCCACGAGGUACUGCGCACCCUAAUCCGCUGCCACUUCUCGCCACCCGGUAGCACCGAUUCGCGUUAUGUAUACACAGGUAGCCACGAUGGUAAGGUCUACAUAUACAAUAUGGAUGCUACCAUUGCCGCUGUUAUCGACGUUCGGAAGUCCACACAAGCAUCGCCUCAGACCGGUGCCGAGCGCAGGUCCUACGGCGGGUAUAGAUCUCAAGGUUGGUCGACAGUCGUUAGGGAUGCGAGCUGGCAUCCCACUGCUCCUUUUAUUGCUGCAUCGUCACUGAACGGCUGGGAUAAUGCCCUGGGUACGGUCACGUUGCACUCAUAUAACGAGUCCUCGGCGGAUGAGGCUGAACCACGUAUGGGUACACGCUAUGACGAGAAAUUGAGGCCGCUAAGCUCGGGCCGUCGCUCUGAAGGAUAUUCUGAUGAAGAGGACACUGAUGAAGAGGACGAUUUUCAAGGAGAUGAAAAUAUCUUAGAUAUCUUCGCCUAACGAACUUGAGACGAAUGGUACGGAUUAGGAAUGGGGGAGGGGUUUUUUUUUUUCGAGCGACAUAUCCUCUCUGCUUUUUUGGCCAUUAUGCUCUUUGUUUGGCUGUUUCAUUUUAUUAUUUUAUUAGACAGUAAGUUAUGGACCCUUUGGACGAGGCGUUUGAGUUUUCAAGGCACAUAUGGGAUUUAGGGGGCAUAAUACGUAUCAAGGCGCACUGGCUAAUUUUCUACAACUUCGCUCAU